UAUCACCUGAUUUUGCACAAAUUUUUAACUUAGUAUUGUGCAAUAAUAAUAAUAAUAAUUAUUAUUAUUAAUUUCAUUACUAGGCGAAUAAAAUAAUAGUAAAAACCCUCUUGUAAGGUACUGAAACGGAUAGAACAUAAAGAAAUGCAUAAAACCUACUAACCAUUACUAAGGUUCAUACAAUUAAUUACAAUCAAUAGCCUGCCCUUCAUCCUUAACAAUUAUUAGUUUUUUUUUAAUAACUUUUUAAUAUAAUUAUGUCCAGAAUGGCUUCAAGUGAGACUCGAGGUAACAUUAGUGCAGAUAGAGACUAUAGAGGAGGAGACUACAGUCCAGAUAGAAGAAGAAGGGCAAGGAGUCGAGACAGAUCUUUUCAUGAUUCUGAUUCUAAUAUGUCCAGUACCAUUGACGUGGUUCCUCCUAGUAGUGAUGCUAAUGUUUUUAUGAUGGGUCACCAAGCCUUAGGCCAAAUGGACAACGUAAUGAUGAACAUGUUCGUGAACCCAACAUUGAUGGGCGGCAUGAACAGUUACAUGGUGCCUCAAAUGAUGUCCACUGCCUCUAACAUCAUCACUCCUGGCGAGGAGAAUUACCCGGUCGGAAUAAACCCCGUGAAAGAGAUAAUCCACUAUAAGUCUUGCACGUUGUUUCCACCCAGUCCCAAUGCUCCUCCACCUACCACCAGAGACCGACCUCCGGGUUGUAAAACCGUCUUCGUGGGCGGACUACCUGAGAAGAUCAACGAGGAGAUUAUCAAUGAGGUUUUUGAAAGAUGCGGAGAGAUCAACACUUUACGUCUGAGCAAAAAGAACUUUUGCCACGUGAGAUUCGUCUUUGAGGCGUCAGUGGACGCGGCGAUUUUCCUCUCCGGAUAUCGGAUCCGGAUCGGGUCUAACGUGGAUCCCGGAUACACCGGUCGAUUACACGUCGAUUACGCUCAGGCUCGAGAUGACCAAUACGAAUAUGAGUGCAGACAGAGACAGUUAGAGCGGGAACGCCGGCACAGGGAAAGGAUGGAAGAAGAGAGAUUGAAAAGGACGUCGCCUCCGCCGGUGACUCAUUAUUCGGAUUCGGAGGCCAGUAAUAUCGCGGAGAAGAUUAAGCACGAUGAUACGUUUACGAAAGCUUUACAGGUGGUGAUAACGUGGUUAGAACGGGGCGAUUGCAGCAAGAAAAACGCCAGCAUAUUUUACUCUUUGAUUCAAUGCACGAAUUCACACGUGAGACGUUUGCUGAACGAGAAGGGCCAUUACGAAGACGAACUGAAGAAAGCCAAGGAUUUGCUUAGGGGCAGGAUGCAAGGGAUCCUUUUACAAUUCAGUCACAUUGAGCGGUUGUUCGACGCGGCCCAUCAUAAGAAGGUUUGGGACCAUUUCACUAAAGCGCAGAGAAAGAACAUCGAGACGUGGAAAAAACAAUCUUUGGAAAUAAAAAAUUUCCAAUUGGAAGAGCAGGACAGACAGAGAGACGAUGACGAAAUGGACGUGUCCGAUGACGAGGAACCGUCCAAGAAAAAAGCGCGAGACGCCUCGAACGAAGAGAGGAACAACUUAAAGGAUGAAAAUGACAGUUUAAAGUGUCAAGUGGAAGCGUAUAAAAACGAAAUGGAGGUGAUAAAAAUCGAUACAAAAAAGGCCAUUGAAGACAAAGACCUCCAAUUGAAAAUGCUCCAACAAACCCUGCAAACGAUGCAACAACAACUAACCGAUGCGAAAAAACGAAUCGCCGCUGGAGAUAAUCGAGUCAAACAACUGGAAUCGAGACUAAAAGUAACCGAAGUGAUUAAUUUGGACGAUGACGAGGUUGAACAAUCGGAAACAUCCUCCACGACGAUGAUAACUGACAAUAACCAAAGUUUAUCCAAUGGUGAUGCGAAAUUGAUUGGGAUUAUAUCGAUUUUUCUUAACGUGCAUCCUUUUGGUGCCGGACUGGAUUAUAUAGUGUCUUAUGUGAAUAAAUGCGUACCGAACAUAAGAUAUUCGGAUGUCGAGAGUCUCAUGUUGAAGUAUUCGAAUGUUUUCAAGCAGGACGUGGUCGGAAUCGGCGCCAAUAUGGAGAGGAGAUGGAUAUUAACCGCUUUUGGUAGAAAUACGCACAACAGGAAUCGAUCCAGGAGUAGAAGUAGGAAUAUCAGUGAUUAAUGUUGUUGUUUAUGUUUUGUUGCCCAUAUAAUUAUGAGUUGUUAUUACUUGCCAUAAGUCAGUUAAUUUUUUUUGUAGGUUUAUAGCAAUAAAAUUAAAUGUUUUGUUUGAAGAAA